UCUCUGAUACUUCCGGUUGGGCGUUUAGGUGAGCUCGUUGAUCGGGUUGAGCUCGGUUUUUGGUCAUGUUUAGGAAUGUUUUGCGCAAACUGGUGACAGAAACGGUUCUCACUGGCCGUCAUGUGAGACACGGAGCGUUACUGCGGAGUGUGAGUCCCACCUCGGCGUCUGCGAGGAGUUUUACGGACGUGAAGGACGAAGCGCAUCUGCCCUUUGACGCGUCCCUGCUGGACUUCCUGGUUUGUCCGCUGUCCAAGAAGCCGCUGAGGUACGAGGCUAAGACCAACGAGCUGAUCAACGAGGAGCUCGGCAUCGCCUAUCCCAUCGUCGACGGCAUCCCCAACAUGAUCCCUCAGGAAGCCAGACUCCUGCAGAAAGACGCGGGUACAUCGAGCACACCGCAGCAAGACUAGAAACCCCACCACAGCCUCUUCAGCUUAUCCAGUCAAACUCAGACUCUGGUAAAUGAAGUGAAUAAGACUGAGACUUUGGGUAACAUCUGUAAAACUGAGUAACGCUGCGCAGCAUUUCUGCAUCUGUACGCGUGAUAGAUCGCCUCACAUUCAUUUAAACCAGCAGUACUUUAAAUCAGAGGAAGC